CCUCGUUCAGCAAUAUGGCCUUAUUAACUGUUUCAGGAGGAGUACGAGUAAUGUGUGAUUAGUAUAUUGAAACAAGCCACGUUUCGUGACAUUUGUACCGACACAUCAUCACGGACCCCUCUUCUGGAAGAAAUGUCUCCUGAAAUCAGAGAAAUGAAGGUGGUAGUUGAGAGUUGGCUGAGCUAUCCUAUAGAUGGCAUUGUUGAAAUUCCUACACAUUCAGAUGCUACAGUAGACAGUGUCAUUUCUUUCUUUUGUGCCCGCAGAGGAGUGACUCAUGACCCAUCUUUUGCUCUUUUGAUGGUUAUAAUAGGUGUUUUAAAAAUAAAAGACUUUAGGAAAACAAGGAAUUACAGAUGGAAAAUCUUUAUAUUUAGUAAUUUUAGGAGCUGCUGAUGAACAUGACAAGUUCAUUAACUGGUGCUUAUUAGCAACCAUAUCCAUGGUGGUGGGAGGAAGUGGGCUGUUGACAGUUUCAUUGCUGUAUUCUUUGACAGGUGGAGAAAUUCCUUUUGAUUAUGGUGUAGUGUUUGAUGCAGGAUCAACUCAUACGCAGAUCACCGUAUACAAGUGGGAGGGAGAUAAGUACCAGGGGACGGGUGAAGUGAAACAAAUCACAUCUUGUAAAGUUGAAGGAGGUGUAGCAUCCGAAACCGAUCCUAAAGAGGCGGGUCCAUCCUUAAUGCCUUGCUUGUCCAAUGUAUCGCAGUUCAUUCCUACCAAGAAAUUAGCUGGUACACCACUAUAUGUAGGAGCUACUGCUGGAAUGAGACUCUUGAAUUUGUCGAAUACUCUCCUUGCUGAAGCUAUCCUGCUUCUGACAAGAUGUACGUUGGUUCAAUCAGACUUUAGUGUUAAAACUGUAGAGAUCAUCAGCGGCCAUGAUGAGGGAGUGUUUGCUUGGAUCACAGCUAACUUCUUUCUUCGGAGAUUUGUCACUCAACCAAGCUACGAAGAAGUAUCCCUGGAAGAAGAUAGCUAUCUAUCUACUACCACAGUUGGAACGCUUGACUUGGGCGGAGCAUCAACUCAGAUUGCCUUUGAACUUUCUAAGGGAGACUCUGAAAACAGAAGUGUCAGUGCUUUAAAGCUUUAUGGCCACAACUAUCGUGUAUUUUCCAAAAGUUAUCUCUGCUUCGGCAUCAAUGAAGCUUUGAGAAGGUUUUAUUUUCUACUUGUAAAGGAUCCAUUAAAAAUAACUACCAUUGACAAUCCAUGUGGACCAAAGGGACAUAACCAGACAUACAGUGGGAUGUAUCUGUUUGAUCAACCUUGCACGUGGACUGAACGUUCGGCAGAAUUGGUCCGAUUGAAUCCCAGUAUCUUGAAUGAAAACUAUACAUUUGUUGGACAAAACAACAAUACAGAGUGUGCCAUAACUGUUAGCAAACUUUUUGAUGUAAAAAGCUGUAAAAACACCUUUAAGGAGUGUCUCGAGGCACCAGAGAAGCCCCUUCCAAUGGCACAGUUUAUUGCUUUCUCGGACUUUUUCUACACCUUGAAUUUCUUCAAUGCUACAAAUGGCACACUAGAAGACUUCAAACAAAACAUCGACAGAUUCUGUGAGAAGCCAUGGAAAGAGGUGAAAGAUUUGAAUUCAAGUUACCUUGAACUUUACUGUUUUGAAGGACACUUUGUGCACUACAUACUUACCACUAGUUAUGGAUUUACCUCAACAACUUGGAGCAACAUCAUCUUCAAAAAGCAGGUUGGAAAGAUGGAUCUUGGGUGGUCUUUAGGAUACAUGACUAAUACAACAAAUGCCUUGCCAGCUGAAAAGCCAACUCUUCCUAUUCUCGCACUGCCAGUAUUUGUGACUCUACUCUUACUAACAUUCAUAAUUUUGGUGAUAUCCGGGUUUUUUGGUUUUUAUUUCUCCACAAUAAACGUGUCGAAAAUCCUUUCUUUGUACGUUUAUUAUAAAAUGGUAUUUUUCCUAGGGUGUUAAUUAUUAAGUACAUUAAUAUAUACACGUCUAUAGGUGAAUGAAAUGCUUUAUUUAGCAAGGAUACUGUGAUUCCAGAAGAGAUGGACAUUUAUUUCAAAGAUGAAGACAAAAAUUGGAACAGCUCCUUGAUUUUGACCAAAGAAGUGUUUUUCAUGUUCAAAGAAUUAGUAUUACAUUUAACCUAAAAUGAUACAUCAACUAAGUUUCUGGAUGU